AUGUGUAGUGCAGCCGCUCUGGAGUGGAUGUGCGAUUAUGAGCUUGCCAAUAGAGAAUUUGCUACCCUUGGUGAAGGGGAAUUUGAAGUCUACCCAGCAUAUGCAUGCCCAGCAGAGUGUGGUGACAGUGAUAAGCCCAAAGCAUCCAAGUCCAAGCAGUAUGAUCAGCCACCUUCACCAAUGAGGCAUACCAUGCCACCAGAGGAGGUGAAUACUUGUCAGGUCACAGUCCAUGAACCACAAUUUUAUGUGGAAAACAACAAGAAAAAGACCCUUGCAACUAGCAAGGGGACAAAACCCCCAGUCAAUAAGACUGGGAAACAGGUGAAAGUAAUGCCAGCACAACCCCUUAUGUGCCAGGCAGAGCUGUCACCUGUAGCAGGAGAACCUCGCUUUCACAAGGGAGAUGACUUCUCCUGCACUCCACCCAACUCAGUUGGGUACAAAGGCUUCGUGUGA